AAACAUCAAAAUUUUUAGAAGAAAAACCAAAACCGAACCAAAGAAUAUCAAACCGUAUUAUCUAAAUGUAUAUUUGUUAAGUGAAAACUUUUGGAAUAUACUAGGACACAGGACAGGACACACAGCAGUGUCGCCAUUAUUGAGUUUUAAGUUUCCAAUUUUGUUAUUUGUGGAUAAUGGUGCUUCUGGAGACGAGCGAUGGCCGCAUUAUACGCGUUGAUUUCGGCCUAUUGGAGCGUUCGGCGGUAAUCAGAGAUAUGUGCCGAGUCAGUCAACCAGACUCGGGCAAGGAGUACGCCAAAGAUGAUGACUUUAUUUUGCCACUCCACGGCAUUCGCAGCAAUGUCCUCUUGAAGGUGAUGCUCUGGGCCGAGUUCCACAAGGACGACGAAGAACCUGCCUGGGUCCAGAAGGUAGCUCCAGCCCCCGAAGAAGUCGAGCUGCAGACCAGUGACUGGGACAAGGAAUUUCUACGGGAUAAGAUCGACAGCGUCUACGAUCUGUUGGAAGCGGCCGAUUAUUUGGACAUCCGUUGGCUCUUCAAGCUGUGCGCCCAGAAGCUCGCCUUGCAUAGCAAGCGACCGAUGAUCUCCAGUUUUAAGUUCUGGCUCUAUCUCCAGAAAAUGCCAUCGUUGGUGGAGUUCAAGGGAGUUGCGACCUGUUGCCGAGACACUGCAUAG